AUGGCGGCUGAGGGAGAUGUGGAGUUGGAGCUCAAAACUGAGGAAAAUUGCAGUGAGCGACCUGCAGACAAACCGCGUAAACAUGACAGUGGAGCGGCUGACUUGGAAAGAGUCACUGAUUAUACAGAAGAAAAAGAGAUUCAGGGCUCCAACCUGGAGACGGCCAUGUCUGUUAUUGGUGACAGGAGAUCAAGAGAGCAGAAAGCAAAACAAGAAAGAGAAAAAGAGCUGGCCAAAGUUACAAUUACGAAAGAAGAUGUGGAACUAAUUAUGCAUGAAAUGGAGAUUCCACAAACAGCAGCAGAAAGAAGCUUGCGAGAACACAUGGGAAAUGUAGUGGAGGCUCUCAUCGCUCUCACCAACUGA